GGCUUUGAAAUAGAUAUAUUCUUAUUUUUUCCGAAUCGCUUUUUGUUGGUGCUCGAUUCAUAAUUAUUAUGGAGGUACAUGAGAUAAUUCCCGACGUCAUCGAUGUCAUUCCUGAGCAGGUGGCCGAGAUCGUCUGGUCUGAUGACGUCAAGGCAAACAUGGGCAACGAGCUGACUCCUACUCAGGUGAAAUUCCCACCGACAAAAUUCUCCUGGCCAUCCGAGCCUGAUGCUUUAUUUACCCUAGCGAUGAUUGACCCGGAUGCUCCAUGUAGAGAGGAUAGGUCAGUGGGAGAGGUCAUUCAUUGGUUGGUUAUCAACAUACCCGGAUGUGAGGUCAGUCAAGGUCAAGUUCACGCGGAGCACAUUGGCUCAGGACCCCGAGAAGGAUCAGGUCUUCACCGGUACGUUUUUCUGGUCUACCGCCAGCCCGGUCUCAUGAACCCACCCUCGGGAGAGGAUGCUUACAGACCUCGCAACAGCGAGAGGAGAAUCAGGUGGAGUGCUAGACGUUUCGCUUCGCAACACGAUCUAGGGGACCCUGUUGCUGGUAACUUUUAUCUGGCCAAAUACGACGAUUAUGUGCCAACAUUUUACAAAGAACUGCAUGCAAAUGAUCCUGAUUAUGCUAAAUAAUUACCAGAAGUGGCGCUAUUCUACCCCACCCUUCCUUUCUCAGCCCCUUUCUUCUUCUGACUUUACCUCCCU